GAGUAUUGUUUGCUAUGGUCUUAAAACUUAAAAUAAAAUCAAAUUAGCAUAUUAAUUAUAUAUUAUUUAUAUUAUGUAAGGUUUAUCAAUUCAAAUCUUCCAAGUUAAUUUUUUAAACUAAAGAUUAUUUAUUUAAGAGUUCUUAAAAUGGAUAGUUUUUCAAGCAAACGAAGUAUAAACGCUAUGAUUUAAACAUCUUCUAGCUAGGAUUCUAAUAUAUAAACCACGAACACCAGUAAGUCUCUGAUAAGUGAUGCUUAAGAUUAAAAUUACUUUUAAAUAUGCGAAUUAGGAACUAAUUAAUUAGUUCAAAAUUAGAUAAUGGUAUUGAGCAAUUAAGAAGAGGGAAACCUACUCAAUCCAAAAACGCCUGUUGAAAAAAGAAUAAAGAGAAAAUAGUAAGAAAAAAAAGAUGAUAAAAAAAAAGUUAUUAAAGAGGAUGAUAAAAAUGUUAUUGACAUUAUAAAAAAUGAAUUGAAAAGCAAAAGCUAAUCUUUAUAAAAUUUUAAUAAUAUAAAUAGAAAAACUUCAGUGAAUAAGAAAUUAAAAUAUUCAGAGUAUUUAAUAAAUAAAUACCUAAAUUCGCAAUCCCUCUUUGUAGAAGAUAAGAAAUUCUACAUUUUUUCAGAAGUAAUUUUAGAUAUAAAUUAUUUCAAGAAUUUUUCACAGAAAGAGUAGUAUGUGCAUGAAACUAAAUUGUAACAGUAUUAAAAAGGGUUUAGAUUUGUCAACAAGGUCACUCAUAGAAUAGAUAAUAAAUUUAUUGAAAUAGAUUCAUAAUAUUUCCCACAGAAAUUAAGUGACAUAAAAGGAAUUUUAUAUAUGCUAAAUUCAUUAGGAGACCAAAGUAUAUAACAGUUUAUUUAAGAUUUAUAGCAAUUCUGGGAUACAGUGAUAUCAUUUUAAUUAUUGUUAAAAGAAGAAUAUAAAAAUAGUCUAUUUUAGAAACAUUUUAAGGAGAGAGAAGAGUUUUGUGAUAAAAAAUGCUAAGAAAUUUUAUAGUAACUUGAUCCAUAGUAAUUAGUUAUGUAUGUAAAUCACUAUCCAGACUAUGAAAAAUAUUAACUUCAAAGUAGAUUAGUAGGUUACUCACCAGAGCUUUAUGAACUAGUUGCCAUAAAUUCUUAUAUAUUUUACGAUUACCUUUCUAAAAAUGGAUGUUGUGAUCCUCGAGCAAUGUUUCAUAAUUUUGGAAAUACUUUAUAAGAAGCUAUUUAAUACCUCUAUGCUAUAUAAUUAGGAUUGCUACCUGAUUAAUUGCAGAUUGUAUAAAAUACUGAAUUAGUGACGUUUGAUGGUUUUGCUUUCCCUGUUAAGCAAACAACCGAUGUAUAUUUGCUAGCAAGAGAAUACGAUAUAUAACAUGGAUUAAAUUUUAAGUCUUAAUAAAUUUUAGUCAUUCAAAAUUUUGAAUUUUUAGAUGAAAAUGCUAAAAAAACUUUCAAAAUGAUGAGAUAAGAACAAUAAUAAGAAUUUUAAGCAAGCUCAUUAGAAAAAGUUGAAUAAAAAAUAUUAAAUUUUAAUAAAAAUCCUUAGUAAAUUGAAUUGAUAAAUAAAUAUUAUGCAGAUUCCUUAUCUGAUUUAUAUUAAUUUGGUAAUAAGUGGUUAAAAAGAUGUGGAUUCGUAGAUAUAAAAAAGAAAAAUAAACAAGAGGAAGAUUGAAUUUUUAUUAAAAUAGAAUUGAAGGGUUGAUUAAUAAGAUUAUAAUAAUUAAAAUUAAAAGAAUAAUUUCUUAUUCUCUAAAUAUCUCAUCAGAUCAAACAAAAUAUGCUUUAAACAAACAAUCAAACAAUAAUAUCAAUUUUUAAUUUAUUAAACAUAUUUUAUAAAUUUUUAUGAUUAAUUAACUCUUUCAUUUAGUACUGAUUGAUAAAGACUCAAUAGGCUAUUAGGAGGAAUGAAUUAACUAUUUUAGGUUUGAAAAAUAUGUUGAAUCAAUUAUCUAUUUUAGGUUUAUUUUAUAAAGUAUCAGUUGAUCUCUCAUUAUUCACAAUUAUUGAAAUACAUUUUUGAUAUAUUGGAGAUAAAAAAUAAUCAAGCCGAUUCUAUUUUUUUAAUAUAAUUCUUUAAAUUUCUUGCUUCAACAAUUCUUCCAUUCUUCAUUAAAUAUUGAUAUUGAAUUUCUAAAUUUUUGAGUCCGUUUGGAGAGAAUUUUUUAUAUAACCUAUAGUCUUAUAGAGACAUAUCUACGAAGCCAAGCGCUUCAUUAGCAUCUGCUCUGUGUAAGUAGUAAACUGGUUCAGUCUCAUCCAAUUCAAUAGCUCUUCCAAAGUAUAUAAGACUAUCUAAGUAUUCUUUUUACUUAACCAAGCAUGUAGCAAUAUUAAAAAAGGCUUUUGGUUCUUCCUUUUUAAUUUUAAAUAACUUUUGGCAUAAUAAAACAAUAUUUUUAAAUUUUUACAUUUGUUUCAACAAAUUUUUUGAAAAGUUUUAUAGAUCUUUCAUACUGCCCCUUAGCCAUAUAAACUUGACCCAAUGAGUUGUAAGUAUAAGGAGAAUGAAAUUAAAAGAGCAAAGCUUGUAAUAAAUAAUUCUCUGCCUCGUCUAAUAAAUCUUUAAUUUAAAAAUAAUUAAUAUUUAAUUAAAAUAUCAUUCAUGUAUUAUUAUCUUUUUAUUUACUUUGUAGUCUGUAAGUUUCCCCUAUUAGGUAGUAAACAUCUGCGUGUUCUAUUCCCUUAUGCAAAGCUUCUAACAGCAACGCUUCAC